AAACAUCAGACACACACAAUUGUUGACACAAUCAUCACAAAGUCACACACACACACAAAUUCAACGACGAUCUAAACCACCAUCUCCGCCACUCGCCGUCGUCAAAUUCCGAAAAUCAUGGCGAAAGGCGUGAUAUCAGCAGCCGAUCAAGCAGAACAACUUAAACAAGAUGGAAACACCUAUUUCAAAAAAAACCGUUUAGGUGCUGCUAUUGAUGCUUACACUGAGGCGAUCACUUUGUGCCCUAAUAUUCCAGUUUAUUGGACUAAUCGUGCUUUAUGCCAUCUCAAACGCAAUGAUUGGACAAGAGUUGAAGAGGACUGUUUGAAGGCUGUUCAGCUUGAUAAUAAAUCUGUCAAGGGUCAUUACAUGCUAGGGCUUGCACUACUACAAAAGGAAAAAUAUGCUGAAGGAAUAAAAGAAUUGCAAAGGGCUUUGGAUCUUGGGAGAGGUGCACACCCUAAUAGUUAUAUGGUGGAGGAGAUAUGGCAGGAGUUGGCAACAGCAAAAUAUCAGGAGUGGGAGCGUGAUUCCACGAAACGAUCUUGGGAAUUACGAAGACUCAAAGAAUCUUGUGAGACCGCUCUUGAAGAAAAAUAUUCGCGUGAUGAUGUUAGUCAAAAGACAGACGAUACUGAUGAAAUUAGUAAUUCUACAUCAGAACAAUUAGCAGCUCUGAAAUUAGUAUUUGAUAAAGCUGCAGAAGCCGACACACCAACAGAUGUACCCGACUAUCUUUGUUGCAAAAUAACACUCGAUAUAUUUCGUGAUCCUGUCAUUACUCCAAGUGGUUUAACUUAUGAAAGAGCUGUCAUUCUUGAUCAUCUAGAAAAGGUUGGGAAAUUUGAUCCAAUUACUCGGGAAACCCUUUUCGCAUCACAAUUAAUUCCAAACCUGGCAAUUAAAGAAGCAGUAGAAGCAUUUUUGGAAAAGCAUGGUUGGGCAUAUAAGAUGGAUUAAAAGAUCGUCAACAUAGGGGAGGUGGUAAAUACAUGGAGUUUGCUAGGAUUGUUGUUCAUGCAUUCGAUCUGUUGUACAGUUUAUCGUGGGCUUAAACCUUUAUCUUUUUGGUAUGAUGCUAGGAUUGAGGUACUUUUGGUUUUUUUGUUGUAUAGUUGAGUGGCAUAACUUGCCUACACAAAAUUGAUUGGGAUACAUAUUAUUAAUUGUGAAACGCGUCAUACCUUAUUCCAAAA